CCAAAAUUAGUUUCCAUCUCUUAUAUCUUCUUUGAUUUUUUUUUUCUUUUUUUCGAGGGGAUAAUAUCUUCUUUGAUUGAGAGGUUUUAAAUGCUCUAUUCACAAGGGAAAGUGCCAAAAUUAGUUUCCAUCACUUGAUAUCUUCUUUAAUUGAGAACAUGAUCGUCACUUAUGUAGAGAUUGAUGUCCUUAAGACCUCAACGUUAUAUCACAUCUAUUGACUUAUUGAGUAUGAUACAUUUAUUUGAUAGGUAAGCAGCAAUUAUCAUACCAAUGUAUCCCAAAUUCAGUGAAUCAAACACAUAACAUACCCCGUACAAAACACUUCGUGUGAGAUCAGAUUAGACCAGAUUAGAUCGUGUUUAUCACAUUAAUGCUCAUUGGAUUACAUAUCAAGUGGCAAAUCCGUAAUUAAACCAAUAAUAAACCACCUACUCUCUCUAUAGUCUAUAUACAGUACAUAUAGUCCAAAAUGAAUAUCACACUGAAACACAUGUUUCGCUCCCCUGCAUCAAUGGCGGAAACAACCACCCCAAAACCCCAGAUUUCAAACCCCAAAAACCUCCAAAAAGUGCUCCUCCUAAAACCCCCUCCACCAAUCUACCAGCGCUUCGAAUCCCAAUUCUCUCGCCAUUUCAACUUCCUCAAAUCCUUCGAAUCCCAACUUUCUCUCCCGGAAUUCCUCGCCGCCGAGAACUCCUCCGACGAUGUCACCGCCAUGUUCGUCACCAGCCUCGGCCCUCGAAUAACCGCCGCCGAAAUUCUCGAUCACUUACCUUCCCUCCGUUGUAUCGUCACCUCCACCAUUGGUGUCGACUUCAUCGACCUUGACGAAUGCCGCCGCCGUCGUAUUUCCGUCGCUAAUGCCGCCGACGUUUUCUCCACUGAUUGUGCUGAUUCUGCCAUCGGUCUGUUAAUUGACGUUCUCCGGAAGAUUUCUGCCGCUGAUCGUUACGUUCGCAGCGGAAAUUGGAGCGCUUCCGGUGCAUAUCAGUUGGGAAAUCGGCUCGGAUGCAGGAAAAUAGGGAUUGUUGGUUUGGGAAGUAUUGGCUCCAGGAUUGCAAAAAGACUUGCGGGUUUCAAUUGCAGCAUAUUAUACACCUCAAGGAAAAAGAAGCCUUCUGUACCAUACUCGUUUUAUCCAGACAUCCAUGAAUUGGCAGCUAAUAGUGAUGUUCUUGUAAUAUGCUGUCCAUUAACUGAUGAAACGAGGCAUAUGAUAAACAGGGAAGUAUUAUUGGCAUUGGGAAAGGAAGGAGUUGUCAUCAAUAUUUCUCGUGGGUCUGUAGUUGAUGAGAAAGAGCUGGUGAAAUUAUUACUGGAAGGCCAAAUAGCAGGUGCUGGGCUGGACGUGUUUGAGAAUGAGCCUAGUGUGCCAAAAGAGCUAUUGGCAUUAGACAACGUUGUGCUAUCACCCCACCUUGCUGCUUGCACAGAUGAUGCCUACCAUGAUUUGUACGAACAUGUGAAAGGGAACUUGCAAGCUUUUUUCUCAAACGAGCCACUUCGUUCUCCAAUAGUCUGAUAGAAGAUUCGUUUGCCAUUCUCAUGCAGGUUUGUCUUAUACUUUCCUGUAGAAGCAACAAAAUUGCAUUUUGUUCAAACAUUGUAUGGUAGAAGAUUUCUCCUCUUUAGGCAAGCUUGCUGGAAUGUUGAAAAUUGGGUUUGAAAGUUUGAGACCAACCGAACACAGUGAAUGUCGUUAACUAUAAUCAAUGACUUUACUGUUGGGUUCUAAAUUUCCUCAAAGCCUGUAACCAGUUCAAGUUAGCACAUAUAUAUUGUGGAUGUUAACAUUAUUUGAUGCUCUGAGUUUCACCUAUGCCUUCAGAGACCUUAUGAAAAGAUACUCAAGGGCACAAUUCUUUUUAAUUUCAUCCUAUCUGGUGAUCAAAGUGUGCAGAGAUCAGCACUUGAUUGUUU